GGGUGGGGUACACGGGUAGAAUAUUUGGACCCGUCCCAGCCCUAAUGCCCUUAGUGUGUACGUGCAGUUCUAGUUUUUGUUAUACAAAUACGUGCAAAAAGGGGUACAUAUCAAAGUAAUGAUGAAAACUCGAAAAAUAUUCACAUAAUUGAAGUAACUAUAUUUUUCCGAUUUAACAAGUUAGAUAUAUAAGCUACCAAUGUGGUACCAUAUGUGGGGAAUCGAACCCGGGUCUUCGACGUGACGAGCGAACGCUUUAACCACUAGACUACCCCACCACGCCGAAUAAACAAACUAAGGAGGUUGUGUCGUAAUAUCGCGUAUAGUCCUACAAUUUGACCCCGAAUCUGGGUCGCCUUCUGUCGGUGUCACGGCCAAGAGCAAAGUGCAAUUGUGGGAAACAAAAUGGCGCAUACGUUCAAUGCGGGAAUAGAGCUAACCUUCACAGAUGACAACCUUGCUAUUUUACGAAUGCGAAAUGGCGAAAACAGAAUUGACAGAACUUUCACGGAGGCUUUUAACAAGGCGCUGGACACAGUAGAAAGGAAUCCCGAAUGUCGGGCCCUGAUCACUACCGCAGAAGGGAAGUUUUACAGCAAUGGCCUGAACUUGGACUUUCUGAAGUCAAAGGAGCGCUACGUGUUCGGUGAGCUGUGUAGACGUCUAUUGACGUUCCCAGUGGUCACUGUCGCAGCUAUUAAUGGUCACGCAUAUGCUGGCGGAGCCCUGUUGGCGUUGAAUCAGGACUUCCGGGUCAUGCAGACCAAGCGAGGCUGGAUCUCACUGAACGAGGUCUUCAUCAAUGCACCACUUGGUCCAAGCAUGCCAUUGGUCAGAGCCAAAGUGUCGGGUCGGGCUGCUCACGAUCUUGCUGUUUUGGGGAAGAGGUACACAGCGGAAGAAGCAAAGGAUUGUGGGAUUGUCGAUUUGACUUCUUCACCGGAAGACCUGCUGUCGUCUGCAAGGGCACUAGCCAAUCAAUACACGUCAAAACAGAAAUACGACAGAAACACCCUCAGGGCGUUCAAAGAGGAUUUAUACAGAUAUACCUUUAACACUCGUCCCUUGCCAUUGGAGAAGUCUAGAUUGUGAUGGAGCUAGCGCGGUGUGCUUGUGGAUCUUAUCUCAGGGUAUUAGCUACAUGUAUAUCCAGAGCAUGCAAAUGUGUUCUCAAUGUUUGAGUGAAAGUGGCGGGAAAGUGAUCUUGACGUGAUCAAGCAGAACAAAGCGCUCUCCGACAAAUUUGUGCUUAGAGACCUGGGAAAACGGAGACAGUGUCUGUGUAAUCAGUUUAUUCAUUUACUUACAGAUUCAUAUACAUGGGGGAUGUACGAGGGGGAAAAUCAGAUAAAGAACUGUUUCCGCCAAAAUAUUUUGUAGUCAAAUUUUACCAAAAGUGAAAGCAAACUUUUGCUGGAUUUGCCAGAUUUCCAUUAACAAAGCGUAUUGUGAUAGAAAAAUACAUUAUUAAGGGAGUCGUUUUGCAGAAAAAAAUUUCCAGAUUUAACAUCUUAACAACAAAUGCAUCAUGACAACGAUUUAACAACGAUCAUAUAAUCAUGUGCUGAUAGAUAUUAAACAGAAAUCGAUGAUCAAUACACAUCUUUCGAAUGCACAGUGUGAUGUAUGUUAUUUUACUAUUAUUUAUGUUAAUCCAAAUAAUAAAUCCAGAUGAGAAAAA